ACAAUUUUGUGCCGCUGGAAAUUGUCCCUCGGUGCGCACCGUACGUCGUCCCACGUCUAGCUUGAAAUGCUAUUAAAAGUUAGCAAAGGAAACAACUGCGCCCAUCAGGUUUUGAUAUAUAUAUAUAUUUUUUACCUCAAUCGACUGCUGUUCUCUGUACCUGACAACAUGGUGAACGUACACAAAGGUGUCCUUGUUGAAUGUGAUCCUGCCAUGAAACAGUUCCUCCUCUUCCUGGAUGAAAAGAUGGCCCUGGGGAAGAAGUUCAUCCUCAAGGAUCUUGACGACACGCACGUCUUCAUCCUUCAAGAGGUGGUCCAAACCCUACAGGAGAGAGUUGGCGAGUUAAUGGACCAGAAUUCAUUCCCCAUCACGCAGAAAUAACACUCGAAGCGUUUUCUUUUUGGAUUGUGUUUGAGUCUUACAGUGGACAUGGUUUGCAAUAUUUGUGACUGCAGACUAUUAAGGAUCAUAUGGAGUGUUCACUUUCUUGAGUUCAAUGUGAAAAAAGCUUUUGUUAAAAAAUAAAAAGUUGGUUUAAAGUA